GUUGUAGUUCUACUACUAGUUUAAAUAAUCUCGCCACAGUAUAAUUAUUUUUUAUUUUUAUUUUUAUUUUUGGUGCUCCGAUUUCUGGAGGAAUCUCUGCCGUCGGCCGCCGGAAUAUUCUGCUGAGCGCAGUCAUUUUUUCUGUAAGGCCAUCGGAUCUGUCACCUGGCAUAUGCUGCUUGUAAUUUGUUGUUUUUGUUAAGGAUCUGGGCUUGCGUAUUGUAGUCGAACUUGAGAUGGGAUCCAACACGGAGGAAGCCAUUAGAGCUAAAACAUUGGCUGAGAAGCAAUUUUUGGAGAAAAAUUUUGCCGGAGCGCAGAAGUAUGCUGCGAGAGCUCAGACACUAUGUAAGGAACUGGAUGGUAUAUCUCAGAUGGUGGCCACAUUUGGAGUUUACAAGGCGUCUGAGGCGACGGCUAAUGGAGAACUUGACUUCUAUUCAAUUCUUGGAGUGGACCCAUCUGUGGAGAAGUCCAAAUUGAAGAAGCAGUAUAAGAAAAUGGCAGUUACACUACACCCUGAUAAGAACAAAACUGUUGGCGCUGACGGGGCAUUCCGACUAGUUUCUGAAGCAUGGACACUGUUAUCUGAUAGUGCUCAAAGAAGUGCUUAUGAUCAACGGAGAAGUUUAUUUGCUGGGUACAGUGAUCCUUCCAAGUUUUCUGCUCAUGGAAGACUCGAUACAUUUUGGACUGUCUGUACCUCCUGUCGUGUCCAGUAUGAGUAUCUGAGGAAAUAUGUUAACAAACGACUUUCUUGCAAGAACUGUCGCGGUGUCUUUGUUGCCGUUGAAACUGGGUUGGCCCCUCCAAAUGAUACUUUCCAAUAUAACUAUUCUUAUGCGCCUGAGAAUGGUUAUGGUCAUGGAAACCAUGGCCGUGGGGUUGCAUAUAUACCCCCAACAACUGCUUAUGGUGCACCGAGUGUGGUGUCGGGUCAUCAUACGGGAUAUAGAUCAGAGUAUGCUUCUAAUAUAUCCUUUCAGGGUAGCGCAUCUGGAAAUUCUGUCGGACUCUCAGACCCUAGUGGACUAUCUUCAUCUUCAUUUGUCUUUUACCAAGCCAAUGGGGAGGCAAACCCGACAAAAGCUAAUGGCAAGCAUCAGUCGGUGAAGGCUACGGGUCAUAUGGUCUCUAAUGGGCGUACUGGUCAGUAUGAAGGAUCGAAACCCAAACGGGGGAGACCAGCCAAGAAGAGAAAAGUGGAAUUAGGAAUCUCGUAUCCAAAUGGGCAUGACAAAGGUUGUGCAAAUGUUGCUGUAGAACCUAAUUCAGCCACCGCAAAUGGAAUAUUAAAGCCUGCUGCUAAGCUUCCCUUUGCAGCUGAAACUUUGACAAGGCGGAGUUCUGCUGCUCCUGCGGUUGAUGGGAGGCAGUUGUUAAUUGAUAAGGCAAGAACAGAAAUUCGUAAGAAGCUUGAAGAAAUGAAGUUGGCUGAUGAAGCAGCUGCUGUUGAGGCUGAGAAAAGAAAGGCGCUUGCUGAAGCUGAUAGAUUACGUGCAGCUGCUGCUAAUAAACAAUUGGAACUUAAGAGAACUGUAUCUAUAACAGUUCCAGAUUCGGACUUCCAUGACUUUGACCAGGACAGGUCUGAAGGAUGCUUUAAGCCUAAGCAGAUAUGGGCCCUCUAUGAUGAAGAAGACGGUAUGCCUCGCUUAUAUUGUAUAAUUCGCGACAUCAUCUCCCUGGAUCCAUUCAAGAUUUACAUAAGCUACUUAAGCUCAAAAUCUGACACUGAAUUCGGGAGUGUGAAUUGGUUAGAUUCUGGGUUUACCAAAUCUUGUGGGAGUUUUAGAGUGUUUCACUCCGAAACAGUGGAGCAUGUCAACAUAUUCUCUCAUCUCCUUGCUAGGGAGAAGGCUGGUAGGGGAGGUUGUGUAAGAAUAUAUCCAAGAAGUGGAGACAUUUGGGCUGUAUACAGGAACUGGUCACCGGAUUGGAACAGAACAACUCCGGCUGAGGUAAGACACCAGUACGAAAUGGUUGAGGUUCUUGAUGAUUAUUCCGAAGAUAACGGUGUAUGUGUAGCGCCUGUGAUUAAGCUGGAUGGAUACAAGACGGUGUACCGUAGGGACACAGACAAGAAUGGCACCCGAUGGAUUCCAAGAAGAGAGAUGCUACGGUUUUCACACCAGGUACCGUCUUGCUCCCUCAAAGUUGAAGGCGCUAACUUGCCUGAGGGCUGCUGGGAUCUCGACCCUGCUGCAACCCCAGAAGCACUCCUUCAUGGAGAAACUGGACUUCAAAAUAAGACAAGUCCAGGCCAGACAGCAAUCAUUUCUGAGAUCCGAGAAGAAGAACAAUAUUCAUCUGAAGGAAAAGUGAGUGAGAGUAAAAUCUUUGCUUCAACUCCAGACAACUACGGCACACAGGUUGCAGGCAUGGAGCCCAAAAGUAUCACAAGCGAGGUCCCUCAAGUGGAAUGCAGAAACGAAAAAGCUCCAGCCGGACUGCCGUGUGUUGGAACAGGUGCAAGGAGUUAACAAGAGUUGAGGUAAUCUUGAAAAAACUCCAUUUUACAUAUAUCAAGUGCAUCCUCACAGCUGAACUACAGGCUUGACAGACAUGAAAGUGCAAAAGAAAGUAGAAAUUGAACCUGCUCUGUCCGUUGCAGGGAGAGACACAAAUGUAUAGAUUUAAACACAGCCUAGAUUGAUCCCUACUUUCCUCAAAAAGGUUAGAUAGUUGGAGGAUUAGAAGCAAUCCUUUGCCUUCAUAUCCAUUCAGUAAUUUGUAACCUUGAUUUUAGAACUGUUUGACUCCUGCUUCUAUAGAAAUGCUUUAUAUUUUGACUC